ACUUCGAGCUGGAUCAUGCGUAUCUGCGCCAAACUGUGAGCGCUCCGUUGACGGAAGCAAUGGCGCAAUUAGCGAUCUUGCAGCCUGAAGAUCCUGUCGAGUUUCUGGGUAAUUACUUGCUCAAACAUGUGGCCAACGUUGAGGCACAACUGAAGCUGCAAAAGUUUAAGCAAAGACAGAAGCUCGCAACACCACGUGAUACUGUUCAUCUGGAUGUGGCUGAUGCGGAGCAACAGCGGCAUCAAGUUGAGUGGGAGAAAAUGCUCGAGGAGGAGAAGCAAGUGCACGACCAGCUGCACAACGAAGCGAGUGUGGCGCUGGUGUUUCAGCGAUUCCUAGAGUGGAUGUGCUCAAUACUUAACGCUGAAGAAGCCUAUAUUGGCCGUAAGUGCGUUGAUCCACAAGGGAACAGCAUCGUCCACUUCAUAGCGAGCUCCAAGCAUCCACAAUCUACUGUAGUGGACAAGUUCGUGGCCCAGUCUACCGACGAAGGAGAAGAAGAUGUUCGUCGUGGUGUCGGCGUCACCUUUGACGUGUUCAAGGAGAUUGCACCGACGGAUGAAGACGGUAACCCUGCUGCUGAUGCAGAGGGAAACGCACUUCCAGCAGCUACGCCAAAAUUCGUGCAUAUUGAGAACGUUCUACGCGAGCCAAGAGUCAUAUUCUUCGGUGUGCCAAAGCUCGGUGCCCUCGUUGCACGUGCAGGGCAGUACAAGAGCUACUUGCAUGCUGACGUGCAAAAUGAGAGCAACCCAGAGGAGCCGAAUGUGCUCGAGCAGUGGCUUGUCUUCUCCGUCGACACCAUAGGUCAGGCUCGGGCCUUUACCAAGAAAGAGAUCGACCGCUUCCGUCACGCCACCGAGCUCUUCCUGACUACUUUGGAGGAGAAGGAACGCGCGCUUUAUAUGAAAGACAACGAGAGGUGUCUAUCUAACGAUAAGCCGCUACUUCGAGAGUUCCUAGUGGCGUUUGCUGCACAAGUGGCUGUUCAAGAAGAGAACUUGGCAACACAAUUACCGGGACCAUCAGAAGGUGAAGAACUCAGUGAAGCAGCUCAACAACAACGUGCUGUAAAGGAAGCGGAGCUUCGGCUUUCGUUCCUGACAGCACUGCUGAUAUCACACAUCCCAACGUUAUCGCUCGCUUCUGCCCACGUUGUUCCUUUUAGGGGAUUCGUGCUGACAACGUUCGCAACAGCGCUAGAACUUCUUGGCUUUACGCGUCGCGAGCUGUACAAUCCUGCUACGGGUCAACCAAGUUGGGACAAGAUCGCUCCUUUGCUAGAAGAAACAGAGUUGACGACAUCUUUGAGCGCAUUUGACGCGUCUCUGGCGACUGUGCGGUCUUUGGCUGAAGCGGACUGUACGAGUGCUAGCGGACUCCAUGCCAUCAGAAAAGCUCUAACAGCAACACCAGCUGCCGUCUCCCAGGCGAAGCAGAACCUCGCUGAGAUCUCCAAGACAGACGUCGAUACUGCGAGUCCAGUAGCCUCAUGCUUCUACAUAUGGAGCCUUGCUGUUGUUGCCCGUGCUGAGAGCAUCACUACCAUGGCUGAACAAGCACAACAGCUCGAAGAUGAAGCUGCGGCGGCAGCGGCAGAAGCAGCAGGAGACGCGUAG